AUGACUAACAUCCCAUGUACUAAUAUAUAUAGUUUAUUUAAAACGGGGCCUAAGGAAAGAGUUGCUAAGGGAAGACAAAGCUCAAAAGGUUUCUCAGGAAGAACCUCUCAAGUUCGCACUCUUCCUCCCAAGACAAACCACUUUAGAGAAGAUGGCAAAGCAAAGUCCUCAUCCAAGCCACAGAAAAAUAAUGAUGGCACUGAUGGUAAACUAACAAAAAGUCAAAGUAUCCGAAAAGAUGAACCUCCUACAGAUGCUAGUUACUUGACAAAGGACCAGUUGUCAAGAAUUCUGUCAUCUCUGAAAUCAGCAGACACUGAGCAUGAGCCUGUAGCAGAUCUUGAAAACACAUAUACGGGGUCAAUGGAAAGUGCUGCAGAACAAAUAGCAGUUCAUCAACCAUCAAUGAGAGACAAUAAAACAAGGAGAAGGGUACAGAAAUCAGAAUCCAAAACCGAAGAUGAUAUUUCUGAUAACCAGGAACAGGUCAUUACUCUCAGCAAAAAUUUGCAGUGGAAGAAGGAGUUAGAUGAGCAAAUAGCCCUCAAACAGGAAUUAAAAGCUAAAAGAAAGUUACUGGAUAAGGAUAAUGAAUUUGAAGAAUAUAAUCCAUGGGGCAGACCUGGAGGAGGAGCUCCAGUAAGAACUCAAUCUGGAAAUAUAGUGGCUGACUACAAGAAAAUGCAUCAGGACUUGACCUCUAAGGAUGAAGACAGUGUUAUGUCAGCUCCAGAGUUUGACAGUGGCUCCAAGACAAAGACAACAGCACACAGUUAUAACACACAUGACCUUAACACCACAACUACUCCUGUGGCUAUGAGAAGUUCAUUUGCCAUUGGGGCUCCUGGAGUUGUAAAGUAUGAAGAGUAUCAGUGUAAAAUUGAUGAAAAGAAAAAGUGGCUCCAGGAUCUUGAACAACAGAUCAAAGAAAAGAAAGAAAGACAGACUCAGGAAAAGCAGCAGCAGUUACAGAAGGAAGCUCGAGAAGAAAAGUGGAAACAAACAGCGGUGUUUUCAAAUGAGUCCCCUCCGGCAGCUACUACUUUUGUCGUCAAUAACACUACAGCUGCUACAACACAGCAAUCGCAAAUUCAUAUUGAAGCAGCUUCUCCUUCUCCACUAGACAGUAGUUUCAGGGCUGGAAAUCAUCAUGCCCGUGGUCAAGGAUUGCAGAGUUUAGUUGAGGUGAACCAAGAUGAAAUGGAGAGAAAGAGGCUGAAAACACUUGAACAUCAGCGUGCAGUAAAAGAACAAGUAGAAGAAAAAAGGCGUCUUAAACAGCAAGAAAAAGAAAGGAGACUGAAAGACGAGACUGAGAAAGAAAGGACGCUGAUGAUGGAGCGAGAAAGACUGAAAAAACAGUAUGAGGAGGAGCUAAGACAACGAGAGGAGAAAGAGAAUGAAGCAAAGCGUCGAGCAGAGGCAUUAGAAUUAAGUAUAUUGCAGGCGUACGAGACAGCUCAACAGGAAAAAGCUGCCAAAAGGAUCCAGCAGUUGGAAAUGCGCGGUCACGAUGUGUCUGGACUGAAGACUCCUGGCCUGGUCUUGAGGCAACGACAUUCAUCUACAGACACAUCUCAUCUUGAUACCGCUUCUGUUUCACCCAGACCAGAACACAUCCGGUCAAUCCCGCAACACAAGGAAUUACUCGCAAAGACGAAUGACAUGCUCAUUGCUUCAACAGAACAGGAGAAUACUUCAUUUGAAUCGGAGUUAAAACAGUUGAGUUUAAAUGCCUCAUUAGAAUCAGAAUGGAUCUCUUCAUCUCCUGUUCCUUCUGUACGGAACAAUCCACAGGCAAAGAUUCAAACGAAAAAAAAUUCUCCUUCACGUGCUAAAGGAGCGGCUCGCGUAACUACGCGGUCACGAUCAGAAAGAGGACAGAGAAACAAAGAGGCAGUUAAGCCACGGAACAAGCGUCAAGGUUCAGUAAAAAAUAUAACAGGUGGACACGAGGAUGGUGCAGCAGCAGCACAGCUGGCUCGUCCCCUGGAGGAUGCCUUUAUGAUACCUUACACUCGCACUGCUAGUGCUACAUUCCAUCCAGUUCCAAACACUCCAUCUUCAGCACAGGCUGAUAAUGUUAGUUCUCGUCAAGAUCAAAACCCCAUGAACAGAAAUAAACAAACACAUAAGAAAGCGCAAUCUGUUGUGACUUCUCGAACAACUACUACCCAGGCUGUCCAAGGUCGGCAGACUGUUAAAAGUGAAAAGACAGGAAAACAAUUUUCAGUUACUCCGAGAAGUAGACAUGAAAUAGUUCAACAUUCUACAGAAGCCGGAAAACGAGAUGUCAAAGGACACCAAACAAAAAUACAAAACGAAAAUGCCGGCAUUUAUCCAAUUCAGGCUUCUCCAGACCGUGUACCGACAGCACGUCAAGAGAUGAUUCUACAGCAGCUUGCAGUUCUACGACAGGGUUUAAUUCUGAAAGAACGAGAGCUCCAUCACAGUGCAAUAUGAUGAGCAGCCUAAUCAAGAAAGGACAUACAAAUUCAACCAGUCUGUGUUUUUUACAUAUAGAGCCCGAAGUGAGUAGGUCAUUCCUCUCGCAGAGGACCACAGCUAAGAAUUCAUCAUAACCACACUCACGCGUGCUGCUAAAUUCACGUCUAAAGGUGUGCAAUGCAAUGCAGAUUGUUCUUAAGCUGUGCCUCAAAACCGAAGCAGGAAUCAAAGAAAGCGCGAGGCCCCCGUUAUGUGUAAUGUUGUCUUAAGCCUGAAGUAGUAUGUAAUACGAUAUUUAAAAGUUGUAUAUAACAGUAUGUCGUCUGGAUACAAAAAUUGCAGGGAGCUGUAAUAAAAGAUAAACCUAUCCGCCUCAGAUUAA